UCCGUCUGUGUAUAUAUGGAGGACCAGAGUCCAGAGGCUGCACCGCCUUGCUACGGCAACCUCAGACACAUCAUGCCCUCUGCGGUGAAGAUGGCGGAGAUGAAGGCACUGCUGGUAUGCGUCACCGUGGCAUUGUCGCUGAUCCACGCCGUGACGGCGGCGGAUUACGUCGUCGGCAACCCGGCCGGCGGCUGGGACGGGAGGACCGACUACAAGUCCUGGGCUGCAGCCCAAACGUUCGGCCCAGGAGACACCCUGACCUUCAACUACAACUCGUACCACAACGUCCUCGAGGUGACCAAGGACGCCUUCGAAGCGUGCACGACGACCAACCCCAUCACCUUCGACAACAGCGGCAGUACCACCGUCGUGCUCACCAUGCCCGGGACGCGCUACUUCAUCUGCGGCGCGCCGGGGCACUGCCUGGGCGGCAUGAAGAUGGAGAUCGAGGUCGCCGACCGCCCCGCGCCCACCACGCCCAGCUCGCCGCCGCCGCUGCCGCCACCACCGGCACACGACGCCAAGACGAAGCCGCCUGCAAUGGCGCCAACAAUGGCACUGUCGCCGGCGCCUACGCCGUGGAUGCCGGGGCCCGCGGCUGCACCGCCGAGACAUGCAGGGCAUAAGACGAAGCACAGGAAGAACUCGAAGAAAGGAUGCCCACCCGAAACCCUGGUUGCGCCGGCACGGCCCCCGGCAGUGCAGGCCGUGGAAAAUCUCUUCCCGUUCGCGGAGGUUGCGCCGAUGUCCUCAACCCCGCCACCGCCGGCAACGUCGUCGGGCGGGCAUGCCGUGCUGCGAGCAACGUGGGGAGAGGCCACUGCGUCGCUAGCAGCUCUCGGCGGGUUCAUGCUUCUUCUAGCCCCGUGAACCGGAGAGGUCUUCGACGAGAUCAACGUGUGCACGUUUCGUUGCUUAGGGGCUGUUUGGAUACGAGGUGCUAAACUUUAACAGUGUCACAUCGGAUGUUUGGAUGCUAAUUAGGAGGACUAAACAUGAGCUAAUUAUAAAACUAAUUGCAGAACCUUGUGCUAAUUCG